AUGGAGAAGCUGUUCCCUGUCAUUGGGGGAAACACUGACGGAGUGUUUGAUGUGGACAAAGCCGUGGGGACCAUCGUCAUCGCUCGACCCCUGGACGCAGAGCAGAGAUCCUUCUACAACCUCACGGUCACGGCCAGCGACGGGACCAACACGGCAGCUACACAGGUGCACAUCACAGUUCUGGACAACAACGACAACACCCCGGUCUUCUCCCAGCCCACAUAUGACAUCACCAUCUCGGAGGACACGCCCGCGGACUCGGAGGUGGUGCAGGUUCUGGCCUCGGACCGGGACGAGCACCACACCCUCACGUACUCUCUGCAGAGCGCCAUCGACCCCAGCAGCCUGCGCCUCUUCAGGAUCCACCCGACCCAGGGGACCAUCUACACCACGCACAGGCUGGACCACGAGGCCUGCGCUCAGCACAUCCUCACGGUCAUGGUAAAAGAUCAGGAGUUCCCGUACAGGAAGAACCUGGCCCGCGUACUGGUGGAAGUGGAGGACAUAAAUGACCACGUGCCGAUCUUCACCACGGCUCUGUACGAGGGCUCCGUGUACGAGUCUGCUGCUGUGGGCUCCGCCGUGGUGCAAGUCACUGCUCUAGACAAGGACAAGGGCCAGAACGCAGAGCUGCACUACUCCAUUGAAGCAGGUAACACUGGGAAUGCCUUCCACAUCGAGCCCGUGUUGGGAAUCAUCUCUGUCGCCCGAGAUUUGGAUUUAUCGAGCAUCGGCCAUUACGUCCUUACGGUCAGAGUCACGGACAAUGGCUCUCCUCCUCUCUCCACCACCACUGUAGUCCGGAUCGCUGUCACUUUAUCCGACAACGCCGGUCCCAAAUUCCCACAACCAGAAUACCAAGCUGAGAUUACGGAGAACGCUGUUAUCGGGACAUCUGUAAUUACUAUCAGUGCUGUUAGCCAGUCGACGCUCACUUACAACAUCAAACUUGGCAAUGCAAAUCAUGUUUUUCAAAUCAACCAGUACAGCGGAGUUAUUACUACCCUAAAGCCGCUAGACUACGAGACCAAACCCUCCUACACGCUCAUCGUCCAAGCUGCGAACAUGGCGGCCGAGAUCCGAGAAAACUUGCAUGUGGGGACAAGAGUUGUACAAGUCAAGGCGACUGAUGCAGACCCAGGGGAAUAUGGCCAAGUUUCUUAUUCCUUUGUGAAUGAAGUUGGAAAAGACCAGUUCAGUAUCGACCCCAAUGGACAAAUCCUCACUUUGGAGAAACUUGACCGUGAAGAUCCAACCAAUAAGAACAUUAUUUUGACCGUUGCUGCCCAAGACACCGGUGGACGGGCUGCUUACUGCACCGUCCAAGCAAAACUAGACUCUGUAGCCUCAGUUGAUGUUGAAAUCAAAGUUUUAGAUUUGAACGAUAACAAGCCGGCUUUCGAUGCCAACAACUAUGAAGCUACCGUGAUGGAAGGCAUGUCAAUUGGGACAAAAAUCAUCCAAGUUCACGCCAUAGAUCUGGAUUCUGGCGCCAAUGGACAAGUUACAUACAGUCUUGGAAACAUGAUCCAAUCAGAAAUGGACUCUUUGCUUGAAACCUUCAGCAUCGAUGCCAACACUGGAUGGAUUUCUACGCGUAAAGAUCUUGACCACGAAGCCAAUCCGUCAUAUACGUUCACAGUAGUGGCGGCGGAUUUGGGAGAAGUGGUUUCUUUAUCCAGUACGACAACCGUGACUGUAGCAGUGUCUGACAUUAAUGAUAACCCGCCAAGAUUUUUGGAGCAACACUACUUUGGAACAGUCCAAGAGAGCGACCCUCCAGGGCAAGUGGUGGCUGUACUCAACACCAGAGAUGGCGACAGUUCUGCUGUGAACCGCCAAGUCAGCUACCAUAUCAUUGGUGGGAACUACCGCGGCGUGUUCGCCCUGGGUCUGGUCCAAGGCGAGUGGAAGAUGUACGUGAAGGGCCCUCUGGAUCGAGAAGACAGAAACCUGUACGUCAUCAAUGUCACAGCGAGCGACGGCUUCUUCGUCUCCCAGGCAACGGUGGAGGUGUCUGUGACGGACACCAACGACAACAUCCCCAUCUGCGACCAGUCGGUGUACACUGUUUCUGUGUCGGAGGACGUCCCGGUGAACAGCGUGGUUGCGAGAGUGGUGGCCGCCGACGCAGACGUGGGGAUCAGCGCCUGGAUCCAGUACAGUCUCCAUGGACCUGGAUCGCAGGACUUCAGCAUCGACCCUGAUUCUGGUGAUAUCAAACUAAUGGUGAACCUGGAUCGGGAGGUGACACCUGCCUACCGACUGGUUGCCAAGGCGAUGGACGGUGGCGGCCAUUUUUGUAGUUCUGACGUUCUUCUGAGCGUGAGUGACGUGAACGACAACCCUCCUCUGUUCACGCUGCCUCACUACACCGCCAGUGUGUACGAAGAUACCGCCCCCAGAGCCCUGCUGACGCGCAUCCAGGCCAUAGACCCUGACCAGGCUGGUCCGAGCCGCACUGUAGUCUACUCGUUGAUCGACAGCGACGGUUCCUUCUCCAUCGAAAAGUCUUCUGGGAUCGUGGUUUUGGAGCGAGUUUUGGAUCGCGAGGUGCAGUCUUCGUACCAGAUCACGGUGCGGGCUUCCGACCAGGGCACUCCUCGAGCUCUCUUCUCUCUUGUCAACGUCACCAUCACCGUCUUGGACAUCAAUGACAACCCCCCGGUGUUCGAGAGGCGGGACCAGCUGGCCACCGUCCAGGAGGAUGUGGAGGUGGGCACCGAGGUACUGAGGGUCUACGCGGCCAGUAAAGACAUCGGCACCAACGCGGAGAUCACCUACAGCAUCCGAUCUGGCAACGAGCAUGGAAAGUUCCACGUCCACCCGCUCACAGGAGCGAUCCUUGUAGCUCAGUCCCUGGACUACGAGACCUGCCGAGACUACUUCCUGACGGUGGAGGCCCGGGACGGAGGGACCCCGCCCCUGAGCGCUGUUACCACGGUGAACAUCAACCUGACCGACGUCAACGACAACGCUCCCAUCUUCAGCCGUGAUGUGUACUCUGCCGUGGUGUCAGAGGACGCCGCCAUCGGAGACGCUGUGGUUCAGCUGGUGGCCGAGGACGUGGACAGCCAGACGAAUGGGGCGGUGUUGUAUUCCAUUGUGAGCGGAGACAGAGAAAACCAGUUCUUCAUAGAUCUGCUCAGUGGAGUCAUCAAAGUCAACAAGCAGCUGGACCGAGAGACGGUGCCCAGUUACACUCUGGCAGUGCGAGCUCUGGACAGCGGAGCCCCUCCCCUGUCGUCCACGGUAACAGUGACCAUCGACAUCUCGGACAUCAACGACAACGCUCCCGCUUUCUCUCCGGCCAACGUGACCGCAGUCAUCCAGGAGAACAAGCCCAUCGGCACCUCCAUCAUCCAGCUGUCUGUGGUGGACCUGGACUCCUCCCACAACGGCCCGCCCUUCGACUUCCACAUCCUGUCCGGGAAUGAAGGCGGCGAGUUCGUCCUGGAGCGAGACGGGACGCUGACAGCCAAUCAGGUGUUCCGAAGAGACCUGGCCACGGAUUACCUGCUGCAGAUCAAGGUGUCUGACUCAGGGAAGCCUGGCCUGUCAUCCACGUCUCCUCUGCGAGUUCGUGUGAUCGAGGAGAGCCUGCACCGACCCGUGGCGCUGCCUCUGGAGGUCCACAUCGUCACCAUGGAGGACGAGUUUCCCGGAGGCGUCAUCGGGCAGCUCCACGCCACAGACGCCGACCCGUACGACGCGCUCACGUUUGGCCACGCACCACCGGCUCAGCGCAGCCUGUUCAAGAUCAGCCCUCGUGACGGAAAGAUCAUCGCUCUGGGCGGGCUGGACGCGGGCCGCUACGCGCUCAACGCCAGUGUGAGCGACGGGCGCUUCGCCGUGCCCGUGCCUGUGAGCGUGCACGUGGAGCAGGCCACACCCGACAUGCUGCGCGAGGCCGUCACCGUGAGGUUCGAGAGCGUGCAGCCGCGAGACUUUGUGGCCUCGUAUCUGAAGAGUGUCUUAAAGCUCCUGCAGAAAGCGGCGGCGUCUCAGCUGCGGGACAUUGUGCACGUGCUCAGUCUGCAGCCUGUGGGCGGGACCCCUCAGCUGGACAUGUUGCUGGCCGUGGAGACCGGGGCGGGGGGCUUCUAUAAGGCCGCCUUCCUCACGCAGAAGCUGAGCGCCUCCCGCAGACGGCUGGAGGAGGUGCUCCGUGUGUCGGCCAUCUUGGAUAAGAACUGCUCUGGUCUGGACUGUCGCGGGGCGCAGUGUGAGCAGAGCAUCACGCUGGACUCUCACAACCUGGCAACGUACAGCACCCCACGGGUCAGCUUUGUGUCGCCCAGGUUCCACCGGACGUCCCGCUGCACAUGCACUGAUGCAAGCUGUGCUGUUUUAUCGGAGCAGUGCGAGGAGCAGAACUGUCCAGCCGACAUGCAGUGCAUCUCUAUAGAGGCCACCAGAGGGCGCUACGCUUGCCAAUGUCCACCAGGGAAACUGGGAGAGUGUUCAGGUCAAUCAUCUUUGAGUUUCUCGGGCAACAGUUACAUCAAAUACAAAGUGACGGACCGGAUGCAGACGGAGCUGAAGCUGAGUCUGAGGAUCAGGACUCUGCAGAACAAAGGCAUCAUCAUGUACACGCACACCGAGCCCUGCACCGUGCUCAAGCUGGAUGAGGGGAAGCUGUGGUUCCAGUUGGCCUGUGCCUCCGGAUCAGGGGACCCACCGGACUUGUUGGGGAUCUCCGGACGUCCCAUUAAUGACGGCAGCUGGCACACGGUGGCGUUAGAGCUCAGUCGAAACGUCAGCAGCCUGGCCAUAGAUGACAGUUACGUGGAGCAGCGACGUGGGCCUCUCUACGCCCCCCUCGGACCGGACAAGACCAUCUACUUUGGGGCGCUGGUGCAGCACCCGUCGUCCCGGGGCCUGGUGGUCUCCCAGAAGGACCCCCGGGUGCUGGAGGGGUUUCAGGGCUGCCUGGACUCUGUGAUGCUCAACAACAACGAGCUCCCGCUGCAGAACAAGCGCUCACGAUACGCCGAGGUGGUGGGUCUGACCGAACUCAAGCUGGGCUGCGUCCUGUACCCGGACCCCUGUGGGAACCAACCCUGUCGCAACGGAGGGAGCUGCACCACGCUGCCUUCUGGAGGUUUCUCUUGUACCUGCAGCCCUCAGUACACCGGGGGGCGCUGUGAGCUUGAGAUCACGGCCUGUGUUCCAAACCCCUGUCAGAACGGAGGCGUGUGUAAAACCAUCGGCAACGCUUUCCUCUGCAGCUGCCGGAGAGGCUUCAAGGGCCUCACGUGUCAGGAGGACGUGAACGAGUGCGACCGCAGUAACCCCGAGGGCGAGUGUGAGAACGGCGGCGUCUGCGUCAACACUCACGGUUCCUUCUACUGCAACUGCUCGUCGGGGUUCGUGGGCCAGCGCUGCUCCCUGCGGCCCGUGGUGGUGCCCGACAUGCAGGCCGGCCACGCCAUGGUCGGCAAGGAGGAGCUGAUCGGCAUUGCGGUGGUCCUCUUCGUCAUCGUCACCCUCAUCAUCCUCUUCAUCGCAUUCCGGAAGAAGGUUUUCCAGAAGAACUACUCUAGGAACAACCUGUCGCUGGUGCAGGAUCCGGCGACGGCUGCGCUCUUGAAUAAGGCCAACGGAGUCCAGUUUAAGACCCUACACUGUGGCGUGGGAGACCCCCUGAACCUGUACGCUGAGCCCACUGUGAUCGGGGUGGGGGGGAUCAUCGGACCUCCACAAGUCCCCGUCCGCCCCAUGGCCUACACGCCCUGCUCCAGGUUCAAAGUACAGGAUGAUCCCCGGUCGACGCUGGAGAAGCUGGUGGACGGGCGCGCGGUGGAGCAGACGGAGAUGAGCACGUUUCACCCGGAGUCACCGCGGUUCCUCACCGGGACGACCCGCAGGGGGGUGGUAGUCUGCAGCGUGGCCCCAAACCUGCCUCCCGUCUCCCCCUGCCGCUCCGACUGCGACUCCCUGCGCAAGAGCCCCUGGGACAGCGACGAGGGUAAAAUGGUGGACCUGGGUGAAGAGGUCACGUGUUUCUCUGGCAGCAACAAAGGCAGUAACUCUGAGGUCCAUUCUCUCAGCUCCUUCCAGUCGGACUCCUGCGAUGACAAUGCCUCCAUAGUGACCGUCAUACGAUUGGUCAAUGACGCAGUGGACACAAUCGAGAGUGAAGUGUCCGUCAUGGACCAUGGUCAAAGCUACAACAGAGCGUAUCAUUGGGACACCUCAGACUGGAUGCCCAACGCUCGGCUCUCGGACAUCGAAGAGGCUCCAGUGUACGAAGCCAUCCCGGCCCACAACGCGUCCAGCUCCUCUCGCGGGAACCCUAGCCCCGCCCCCGGACUGACCACCACCACCUCCUCCUCCUCCCAGCUGACGGGGAGCGCUCGCGAGCUGGAGUCGGACUACUACCUGGGCGGGUACGACAUCGACAGCGACUACCCGCCUCCGCAAGAAGAGGACUUGCUGUUCAGCCGGGACCAGCUUCCGGUCCCGCUGCCCAAUCAGGUCGCAGAGGACUAUCCCGAAAGCUACACGCACAUUUCAAACAGCCAACAAGCCAGUUCCAAGGAGAAUACCCUCGGGUUUCAUCCCAGCCAGUACCUCCCGCCUCACCAGUUGCCGCUUGGGGACGGGACUCCAAGCCAAAGUGAAGAUCGCUCCAUCGCCGCCUCGUCCACGUCUGAUGUCUCCGUUUCGGGCGCCACGGACUCGACCACCUCGGACAGCGUGGAGCGAGGGGUGACGAUUACCACCGAGUCGCAGCAGCAAACGGAAGUGUGA